UACAACCUAAUCACCCACCAGUUAGCUCCCUCAGAAAAUAAAAUCCCAUGAGCAGAAUCUAUGCGCCGCUAGCAGAGCCUCGGCGGCUCCUUCCGUUAAAGGAGAUUGCGCGAAUAAAAUGUUUAGAAAUGGCCAAAUCCAUAUUCGACGUGGGAAACGCGCCGUUCUAUCUCGUGGAACCGAUUCUCCUCAAAAUGACAGCAAAGCAGCUCAACUUGGUCGAGGAAUCGUCGCCACACCUCCAGCAGGACACCUCGGUCAUCUGGCAGAACUUGAUCUGCAAGGACUUUCCCGAUCGCCCGAUUGUGGAUAACAUGUUUGCGGAUGGAUCGAUGCGCGCCGUGCCGAAAGCUGAAACAAAGGCUGCCCGCAAAAAGUUCCGCCUCAUGGCAAAACGGUCACUGGUACGCGAGCUGGGCUCCGCACCUGCCUCAUACAAGGACUUGUACUACCAGUACAAACGCGAGCUAGAGGACUUCCAUAAAGACUCGGCGUCGCGGUUGAAACUCGCAACGCAAAAGUUCCAGUCGCUGAAGCCGAGCAUUAUUGAGAUCCCCACACACGAAAUUAUCCGCAGACCCACUGGAAGCUCCAAGCGUGCCCAGUCGCAGUCAUUGUGGGCGAUGGGGACAUCAAUGCCGCGCACCGGCGGAUACAUGACCCCAGCAAACAGCAACAGGUGUUCCAUCAUCAAAAAGGCGAAGAAAGGCUUAGAGGGUCGAAGCUUGAUGUUUACCGAUCCCAAGGUGAAGGCCCCUAGGGUAGGGGGGCUAGCCACGCUGGUGGCUCCGUACCUCAGCAUGCUUCCGGGGUUGGUUGAUAAGAAGGCCGGGCCGAUUAUAACACAACCACUAGCCCGGCCAUCCGCACGAAAGUUCCAGCCGACUGAGUUGGCGAGAAUAAUGAGUGCAAAGGCCACAGAGGCCAUCACUGUUGCCAAGAGUCAUCGAAGCCCCAUGCCGCAGGUUUCCAGCAGUUUACCAAAUAUACCUGUUAAACCAGCGGCGCUGCCUAUCCGUGCCCCGGUUCAUGGUCACAUCACUGUUCCAGAAGCACGCAAGCGCCCAAAAGAGACAGUCUCGAUUUUUCACAAUAUAAAGAGAGCACCGGUACAGACUUCAAGACCGCCGCCAGUUCCUGCCCCAAGACCAGUUUUGAGAACUGCCGACCCAGUCGUGCAACCCUCCGUCGGAAUUUCCGAGUCAAGAGCAAAACAAGCGGCUGGCAUUGAAAUGAUGGACUCUGUCAGCAACCUGAGCAUAAAAGAAAUGAAGCGCAAAAAAAAGGCGGAGCCUGUCGAGAUGGUGACCACGUUCAAGAAGUUCAAGUCAAGUGUUUUCAAAUAGGGUAAUGAUUAAUUAAUGUUGCAUAGUGAGAAGUAGAGUGGGAAUAAUUGCCGCUGAUUCAUGUAUAAG